UUUUCGCCUUAUCAAAGGACAAUCGUACACAUCAGUUGUAAUUACGUUAAAAAUCAGUUUUUACGUAUUUCGUUGCAUAAUUAUUAUUCUAUGUUAUUGUCCACUUUUAUAAGCAUGUAAUGAAUAUUUGUUAAGCUAUUUCUUGUUUACUAAUACAAUUUUCAAAGUUUAUGGUAUGAUCCAUCCCAUUUUAUGUUUCGGCCAGACCUAUUUUAAUAAUGAUCUUUUACUGAUUUGUAGCUAUGAUAUGAGUUUUUAUCUUCAUAAGACAUUUGAUUAAUUUAUGUACAGCAUAAGUGAGGGUAGAAACAAUCCGUUGGUAAGCACCUACAACCUUACAGGACUUGUUAGAAGUUAGGCCUAAUAAGAAUGUCAGCAAGUUUCCGUAGGUGCAAAUCACGCAGAAGGUUUGCAGCUUUAAGUUUUUUGAACAAUAUAACUCUAAAUGGAUCUCAUGUCGAUACACAGGUUGGAAUGUUAUUGAAUUUAGAUGACAAAUUGGUAGAUUUUGGAAAUCCCUGCACUAAUCCCACAAUCAACUCUUGUAAUAAAAAUGACGAUUUCAAACUGUGCAAAGGUCCAAGUGUAACAAAGUUAACAGAAAACAAUUUGUGUCUGGAAAGUGAAUUUCAGCAGUGCCAAACAGGGAGUUCAUAUCAACGAGUAGUCUCAGGCUUAGAACCAGAAUCCUACCGUCCUUCGGGAAUUAAUACACCAUUUAGAGAAAGAACCAGCACAGCAGGAAGUGAAUAUGGGUUUGAACGUCGCUUAGGUUCUAUUGGACACAAGAAAAAAGUACCGGCUCUACUGCAUCAGUCUUCUUUGAACGAUGACAAGCUUUAUCAUAAUUUCAGCAGCAGUGAGAGUUUGGGCUCAAUCAUUGGCCGAAAGUCUGCAGUUAUUCAUGAAGUUAACUCCCCAGGUUGUAACAGAGAAGUGAGGAUAAUUCAGCCUUCUAAAGGUCAACAUUUCAGAGAUGAACGCAUUGUAUUUUCGACUACUUCAAAGAUUCCGCUAAUAUUUUUCUCACACAUACCGUACAACCGCUGUUAUCGCCCUCACAGAGGUGACCCGAGACGUGAAGUCGGUCGUCGUAGAAACACCUCAGGUCCACGACCAUUGUCCUCUAUCAACGACAUCGACCCCUACACGCUGCUGGGACUGGAGAGAGCUCAGGAGGGUCAGGAAAUAUCAUAUUCAAAACUUUUGAAGCCAUCGAUAGAGAGAAGACCUGAACUGGAUUUAGAAAGUCAACCAAUGAAGAAACAGUUUGCCACUAGGGUUUUCUCGUACGAGGGACAACAAAGACUGUCAGGGGGCAACUCUCCUCCCCCCUCCCACUCCGACCCAAACUGUGACGACUGGGACAGAAGUGAAGUCUAUGAACCGGAUCUUUUGGAUGAUCCAGAACUGAUUGCAGGAAAACAUUGCACAUUGCUGACCUUCACAGCUUACAUGACUUCUAUCAUUGAUUACACGAGACCUUCUGAUCUGAAGAAAGAGCUCAAUGAUAAGUUCCGAGAGAAGUUUCCUUAUAUUAAGCUCACUCUUAGUAAACUUCGCAGCUUGAAACGAGAGAUGAGAAAAAUAGCGAAGCAAGACAGCAGUGCUGAUCUACUUACUGUGGCACAAGCUUAUGUUUAUUUUGAAAAACUCAUUUUGAGAACUCUAAUCAACAAAGAGAACAGGAAACUGUGUGCAGGUGCCUGUCUCAUACUCUCUGCCAAACUGAAUGACUACAAGGGGGAACAGCUGAAGCAGCUGUUUGAGAGAGUGGAGAGCAUGUUUAGGCUGAGUCGCAAGGAUCUGAUCAACUUUGAGCUGGCCGUAUUGGUAGCUCUGGAGUUCAGCUUGCAUGUACCAACGUGGCAAGUUCUGCCGCACUACCAGCGACUCAUCAGCGAGUCUUGACCCGCAGAUGACGGCCGCAGCUUAUAGGCCCUCGAGGACUGCACAUUCCGGUGCUGGACCAACAACGAGUACGACUAAGCUUGUGUCCAUCAUUGAUUUGUCACAGUAUUUUGAUAGCUAUGAAUCAACAAUUUUUUUGAAAGCCACAAAACAAGUGAUCGACAACCAAGACUAGAAGCAAUAGAUUUAGCAUACAGCAUAUCAGUGAAAUUCCUCCAGGCUGCUACAAAAUUUUUAAUUUAUCUGCUUUUAUAUUAUUAUUUAAUAAGUACAAAUUUGUGGUAUAGUAGUAGCAUUGACUAUAUAUAGAGACUGCUCGAUGAAAGUUUAUGUUUUAGGGGUGGAUACAACUAGGUGUUUUAAGUAAUGGAUAUCUUUUAUUUUAGCACCAAAUUUUGGAUUUUGUGGAAUGUUUUAAGUCUUGUUGAAUAAAGUAGUUAUACUUGUGUAAUAAAGAGUAUAAUGGAAAAAACAACAUUUUGGGAUUCAAAAACAAACGAACAUUAUCAUUGUAUUUUUUUUUAAAGUUCAUAAACAAUAUGCAGCUUAGAAAGAUUUUUCACAUUCCUUAAAACUUAAAACUUGGAAGGUUAAAUAUAUCUAGUCUGUUAAAAUCUCUUUCCUGGGCGUAUACAUGAAAUAAAGUGGUCAUCUUUUCAUAAGCUAAUUCUUCCAUUUGAAUAACUAUGGAAGCAAAAGAAUUAAAAGACUUUUAAUUUGAAUGUCAGCACAGAUUUGAUCUUCGCACAGUUCUAAAAACUUUUGUCGUAAUGAGAAGUCACAUUGCAUCUGUUUAUUUAAUAAAACUACUAAUUACUGUAUACUACUUCUUGUUGUUGCAAGAUCACAUCCCAAAAAAGUAGGUGAAAAUUUCCCCAUGUUAGUGUCUUUAGUCAAUGGUUAUAGUUAGAAAUAUUUUGUUACCAUGUUUGUUAAAUGUUUGAUGAAGUUUAUGCUUUAUUGUUGUUAAAUGUGUAAAAUAAAUUUAUGGUAGUUGUUUAGAGAUUAAGCUUAGGUAUAUCUUUUAUUUGUCCAUCUGUAUUAUAUUAAUCAUAACACUCAUUGAAUAAAUUUAUGAAAUUUAUAAAAUA